AUGGCUCAUUUGCACUGCAACCAUUCUUCUAUUCUUGUUAAGGAGUUCAAAAAAGAACUUUUCUUGAGAAAAACCAAUUUCCACAACAAUUUGAGCUUCAAAACAAAACAAAGUACUACAGCAUUCAAGAAAAACAAAAGGCUUGAGGUGUGUUUGUGCAGUUUCUCUACAUCUGCUGAUCAACAGCAAGUGAAUUCGGGUCAGAAAAGGCUCGACCCGAAUGGCGGGGACCACGUAAGCGAAAAGCUUCGGUUCGGUUAUUUGGUCAGCUACUUAAAUUGGCAAGUGAGGAGAAUGGCCGAGACAGAGGAGGAGACCAAACGAGUGGCUUUCAUUCAAGCAGAAGCUUUCCACGAGCCGGUUUUUAUGUUUAAUGACAUGUUCUUCGGUUUUUUUAAGGCUGAAGUUCUUUCAGGACUUAUGUACAGGCUGAGGAACUCCCCUCCAGACAGGUAUGCGUGUUUAGUAGCAGAGCCCGAAAGCGAUUAUGAGGGUUCGAAUGUGAAAGAACUCGUAGGAGUAGUCGACGUGACAGUUCAAAGGGAAGAUUCUGUGCUUGAGCACCUCAAAGGAGUAGAAGAGUAUCUUUAUGUCUCUGGAAUAGCUGUCCUAAACAAAUUCAGGCGACAGAAUGUGGCGACUGUAUUGCUAAAAGCUUGUGAUGAACUCUCUGCAAUUUGGGGUUUCGAGUACCUUGCUCUCAGAGCUUAUGAGGAUGAUUAUGGUGCUCAGAAAUUGUAUUUGAAUGCUGGUUAUAGAGUCAUUUCUAGAGAUCCUUCGUGGACGAGUAGUUGGAUUGGGCGAAGAAGGCGAGUUCUUAUGGUUAAACGGUCUAAUACACGGUGA